AUGGCGUGUUCCGAAGUACAGCAGAAGGUGCUCCGUAUGGAGUUGGACAAAGGUGGUGCAUUCGAUUUCUCGAAUUGUAUUCGUAACAUGGCACUGGCGAGGAUGGGAGCGCCUCCACCGAGAGUGCGCUCAACGGGUACCACAAUCGUUGCUGCUACAUACAAG